GGGCCGGGCGCCCCGAGGAGGCGCCCGGGACCCGGCGACUGUCUGGCUCGCGAGGACCUGGAACUGCGGGGAGGGAAGAUGACUUCUGUCUCCCUGGAUUGGAAGAGCUGAAGACCAGGACGCUCCAGAAUGAGAACAGCAAAGGUCUACAAACUCGUCAUCCACAAGAAGGGCUUUGGGGGCAGUGAUGAUGAGCUGGUUGUAAACCCCAAAGUGUUUCCUCACAUCAAGCUGGGAGACAUCGUGGAGAUUGCUCACCCCAACGAUGAGUACAGCCCUCUGCUACUGCAGGUCAAGUCACUUAAGGAAGAUUUACAAAAAGAAACUGUCAGUGUGGACCAGACAGUGACUCAAGUGUUCCGGUUAAGACCUUACCAAGAUGUCUAUGUGAAUGUUCUAGACCCGAAGGAUGUGACCCUUGACCUAGUGGAAUUGACCUUUAAGGAUCAGUAUAUAGGCCGUGGGGAUAUGUGGCGCCUAAAGAAAAGUUUGGUCAGCACAUGCGCUUAUAUCACCCAGAAGGUGGAAUUUGCUGGUAUCAGGGCACAGGCUGGUGAGCUGUGGGUCAAGAAUGAGAAGGUCAUGUGUGGAUAUAUCAGUGAAGAUACCAGGGUGGUGUUUCGUUCUACGUCGGCUAUGGUUUACAUAUUUGUUCAGAUGAGCUGUGAAAUGUGGGAUUUUGAUAUUUAUGGAGAUUUGUAUUUUGAGAAAGCUGUGAACGGUUUCCUCGCUGACCUCUUUAUCAAGUGGAAGGAGAAGAACUGUAGCCAUGAAGUGACAGUGGUCCUGUUUUCUAGAACUUUCUAUGAUGCGAAAUCUAUUGAUGAGUUUCCUGAAGUAAACCGAGCCUCAAUUAGACAGGAUCACAAGGGGCGAUUCUAUGAAGAUUUUUACAAAGUGGUGGUGCAGAAUGAGAGACGGGAAGAGUGGACCUCACUUCUUGUGACCAUUAAAAAACUCUUCAUUCAGUAUCCAGUACUGGUGCGACUGGAACAGGCAGAGGGCUUUCCUCAAGGAGACAAUUCUACCUCAGCACAAGGAAACUACCUAGAGGCCAUCAAUCUAUCAUUCAAUGUGUUUGACAAGCAUUACAUCAACCGCAACUUUGACCGGACGGGGCAGAUGUCUGUGGUGAUUACACCCGGAGUGGGUGUGUUUGAAGUAGAUCGCUUACUCAUGAUCUUGACCAAGCAGCGGAUGAUAGAUAACGGAAUUGGUGUGGACUUAGUAUGUAUGGGAGAGCAACCGUUACACGCUGUUCCAUUGUUCAAGCUCCAUAAUCGGAGUGUUCCUCGGGACUCUCGUCUGGGUGAUGACUAUAAUAUUCCUCACUGGAUAAACCACAGUUUUUACACAUCUAAAAGCCAGCUCUUUUGUAACACUUUUACUCCACGAAUAAAACUGGCAGGAAAGAAGUGUGCUUCUGAGAAAGCAAAGAAUGGCCGUGAUACUUCUCUGGGGACUCCCAAAGAGGCUGAGAACGCGCUUCCCAUCCAAGUAGAUUAUGAUGCCUACGACGCCCGAGUGUUCAGGCUGCCAGGCCCAGCCCGGGCACAGCGCCUCGCCACUUGCAGGUCUGUGAGAGAGCGGGAGAGCCACAGUCGAAAGAGUGGCAGCUUCUGCGAUGUCUCCUCCAGCCCCUCCAUGCUGAGCCGGGCAUUGCCUGCCGAGGAAGUGCGCAGCCAGACCUCUGACGACAGCUCUCUGGGCAGGAGCGCCAAUAUCCUGAUGAUCCCACACUCCCAUCUGCACCAGUAUGAAGUCAGCAGUUCUUUGGGCUACACCAGCACUCGAGAUGUCCUGGAGAACCUGAUGGAGGCCUCGCAGCGAGAUUCCAGUGCUCCGGGCCGGUUCCAUGUAGGUAGUGCGGAGUCCAUGCUGCACGUCCGGCCUGGUGGAUACACACCCCAGCGGGCGCUGAUUAACCCCUUCGCCCCCUCGAGAAUGCCGAUGAAACUGACUUCCAACAGAAGGCGCUGGAUGCACACCUUCCCUGUGGGACCCUCCGGAGAGGCCAUCCAGAUCCAUCACCAGACCCGGCAGAACAUGGUGGAGCUGCAGGGCAGCGGGCAGAGAGACCCAAUCCACUCCUCUGCAGAGCUGCUGGAGCUAGCAUAUCACGAAGCUGCCGGAAGGCACAGCACUUCCCGCCAGUCUGGUGACAACAUGUCCUUCUUGAACUUCAGUGGAACAGAAGCGCUCUCUGUCAGCCUGCUUAGCAACAGCUGUGCAGGUAUGAAUCCUAGGACCCAGAAUAAAGCUUCUUUAGAGGACAGUGUCUCUACUGAUCCAGACCCAAUACCAGGCUUCUGUUGCACGGUUGGAGUGGAUUGGAAGUCCCUCACGACUCCAGCCUGCCUCCCGCUCACCACCGACUACUUCCCAGAUCGCCAGGCACUGCAGAAUGACUACACUGAGGGCUGCUAUGAUCUCCUCCCAGAAACAGACAUCGACAGGAGGGAUGAGGAGGGUGUGCAGAUGACAGCCCAGCAGGUGUUUGAAGAGUUCAUUUGCCAGCGGCUCAUGCAGGGCUACCAAAUCAUAGUGCAGCCCAAGGCCCAGAAAUCCACCCCCAUCGUGCCACCCCCGCUAAGCAGCAGCCCACUCUAUAGCCGAGGCCUGGUGUCCCGAAAUCGCCCUGAGGAGGAGGACCAGUACUGGCUAAGUAUGGGCAGAACUUUCCACAAGGUGACGCUGAAGGAUAAGAUCAUCACAGUAACUCGCUACCUGCCCAAGUAUCCUUAUGAAUCUGCCCAGAUCCACUAUACCUAUAGCCUCUGCCCUUCCCACUCGGACUCUGAGUUCGUCUCCUGCUGGGUAGAAUUCUCCCACGAAAGGCUGGAGGAAUACAAGUGGAAUUACUUGGAUCAGUAUAUCUGUUCUGCUGGCUCCGAGGACUUCAGUUUAAUUGAAUCUCUGAAGUUCUGGAGGACCCGUUUCCUGCUGCUGCCAGCCUGCGUCACUGCCACCAAGCGCAUCACGGAGGGGGAAGCCCACUGUGACGUCUAUGGGGAAAGGCCCCGGGCGGAUGAGGAGGAGUGGCAACUCUUGGACGGCUUCAUUCGCUUUGUGGAGGGUUUGAAUCGGAUCCGCAGGCGACACCGCUCAGACCGCAUGAUACGGAAAGGAGCUGCCAUGAAAGGCUUGCAGAUGACCGGGCCCAUUUCUACACACUCCCUUGAGUCUGCCGUCCCCCCGGUUGGGAAGAAGGGAACGUCCGCUCUGUCUGCUCUGUUGGAGAUGGAGGCCAGUCAGAAGUGCCUUGGUGAGCAGCAGGCUGCGGUGCAUGCUGGUAAGAGCUCCGCUCAGUCCACAGAGAGCAACAGUGUUGCCAUGACACCCACCUACGUGGACAGCCCACGAAAGGAUGGGGCCUUCUUUACGGAGUUUGUCCGCAGCCCACGCACAGUAUCGGCCGCCUUCUACCUGCAGGUAUCUGUGGACCAGACGGCUGUUCCAGUCUUGGAUGGCACGAGCUUGGGGCUAAGCACAGGCCAGUCCGUGGACAGAGGCACCAGCCAGACCUUUGGGAACUCCCAGAACGCAGGGGAACAGGCCUUCCCCUCCGCAAACCCCAGCGACAGGACUGGUGUCCAGCUGCUUUCUGAGCAGAAGGGCCUCUCCCCAUGCUGCUUCAUCAGUGCUGAGGUGGUACACUGGCUGGUUAACAACGUGGAGGGAGUGCAGACUCAGGUGAUGGCCAUCGACAUCAUGCAGAAAAUGCUGGAAGAACAACUCAUCAUACAUGCAUCUGGCGAAGCUUUGCGGACCUUCAUCUAUGGCUUCUAUUUCUACAAGAUAGCGAUGGACAGAGAGCCCGAUCGAGUGACCAUGCAGCAGCCGGUCACCUGGCACACGACAAGCAAGGAUGACUUCGCCAGCUUCCAGCGGAAGUGGUUCGAGGUAGCCUUUGUGGCAGAAGAGCGUUUGCACUCUGAGAUUCCCGCCUUCCUCUUGCCCUGGCUGCCCAGCCGGCCGGCCUCCUACGCAAGCAGGCACAGCUCCUUCAGCCGCAGCUUCGGGGGACGGAGCCAGGCAGCCGCACUUUUAGCUGCCACUGUCCCAGAGCAGAGGACCGUGACCCUGGAUGUUGAUGUGAACAAUCGCACAGAUCGGCUGGAGUGGUGCAGCUGCUAUUACCACGGCAACUUUUCCUUGAAUGCAGCUUUUGAGAUCAAGCUCCACUGGAUGGCGGUGACAGCUGCCGUGCUCUUUGAGAUGGUCCAAGGUUGGCAUCGAAAAGCCACCUCCUGUGGUUUUCUGCUGGUCCCGGUCUUGGAAGGUCCCUUCGCACUGCCCAGCUACCUGUACGGCGACCCCCUUCGGGCCCAGCUCUUCAUCCCACUCAGCGUCAGCUGCCUGCUCAAGGAGGGCAGUGAGCACCUGUUUGAUAGCUUUGAACCAGAGACAUACUGGGAUCGGAUGCAUCUUUUCCAGGAAGCCAUUGCACACAGGUUCGGGUUUGUACAGGAUAAAUACUCAGCCACUGCGUUUAACUUUCCCGCUGAGAACAAGCCUCAGUACAUUCAUGUCACAGGAACAGUGUUUCUGCAGCUGCCCUACUCGAAGCGGAAGUUCUCAGGACAGCAGCGGCGGAGGCGGAACUCCACCAGCUCCACCAGCCAGAACAUGUUCUGCGAGGAGCGGGUGGGCUACAACUGGGCCUACAACACCAUGCUGACCAAGACCUGGCGCUCCAGUGCCACCGGGGACGAGAAGUUUGCCGACCGGCUGCUGAAGGACUUCACCGACUUCUGUGUCAACCGAGACAACCGGCUGGUCACAUUUUGGACAAGCUGCCUGGAGAAGAUGCACGCCAGUGCCCCCUGAAGGGGGCUGCUGGGGACCCAACGCAGGGCUGUGCCUGCGGCAGGGGCCCUCCCACUCAGGCCCGAGUGGAGGACUCCAGGUCUGCAGCUGAUGCUCCAGUUGGCUCUGGGCAUGAGGUAGCAGUUUGCUGCUGUGGGUGUAUGGGGACUACUGCUGCUUUUUUGGUCCCCAACACCACCACCACCACUUGAAGUGAAAAACUUUGGAAGCAGCUGCAGCAGCUGCCUCCACCCAAAUCCCGUCACCUCGCACUGAAAGCAGGCGGGAGGCACAGCUUGUCCGUGGGAGGGCAUUGGCACCUGGGAGGGACAGGCAGUCACCAUGAAUGCCCUCGGAGAGGGGCAGCUCCUGUGAGCAUCUUUGUCCUCCCCUCCUGGCGACCUGUGAGAUGCCUGGAGCAGAAUCUGCCGCAUCUUGCCCAAAGGAGGCACAGGUGUAAGAUAACCUUGUGAAAUAGUGUACCAUAGGCUCCUACCCUCUGUAUAUACCUGUAAAUAGAACGAUGGAAUAAAGCUCGGUGUGCAGCACCUCUAA